AUUACCCGAGUCAUCGCCAUGUGUAGAGCCCACCACAAUCGCCAGGGCCCUCCGUCAUGGGCCGUCUCGGGCCAGUUCCUCGAGAUUGUCCAUAUUGGCCCCUAAAGGUCUUUUAGGUCGGUCUGGACGAUGUCCAUCCACCUAGUGCGGAGUCUUCCUUGGGUCUCCUCCAGCCUGCAACGGUAGGGUCGAACGAGAGGAUGGCCUUUGUGGGAUGGUCUGGUGGGAGACGGAAUACAUGACCGAGCCAUCGGAGGCGGCGUUGGAUUGGCAGCUAGGAGGUUGGGGGUUGUCGUGUCCGCUCUCGCAGCUCGUCAUUCGUGACCCAGUGGUACCACUUGAUGUGUUCAAUGUUGCGGAGAGAUCUGCUGUCGAAGCCAUCAAUCCUUGAAGCUAAUGUCUUGUGCAGUGGCCAGGUCUCAGCUCCGUCUAAUAACUUAACGGAAAGAACAGAGGCACUGUAGAUCACAUGCUUUGUCUGGCGGAAGAUGGUGCGGUGUCGCCAGAGAGGCUUCCACAGACACUGCAUGACACCGCCGCCAGGCCCCGUCUCCGAUCAAUCUCAGGCCUAAGAUCCCCGUUGCUGGUAACAAUCGAGCCGAGGUACACGAAGAGGGGAAAAAUUCGACCCUGUCCACAUGAAGAGGGGGAAGAUCUGGUCCAUCGCCGAUGGGCAUCAGCUUGGUCUCAGGCCAGUUAUCCUUCAGACGGAGCUUGACUGUCUCAUGGUGUUACAAGGUGAGCUGAGCGCCUCUCUGAGUUGGUCCACGGAUGGGCAAAACAAGUUGGUGUCGUCUGUAUACUCGAGGUCGGCCAAGUGGUAGUUGCCGUAUGAUACGCCGGGGAUUACCUUGCAAACCUUCGUCAUCAGGUGUUCGAUGACGCAUUUGAAGAGGUCUGGAGCAGCUACACACCCCUGUCUGACCCGCUGUUGAUCUGUGUCGCGAUAGAGCCUUUGGAACAUACGGGUGAACUUUGGGGAUGCUCCAAUGAUAUCGAAGAUCUUUCACAGGGAUGCAUGAUCAACCGUGUCAAAUGCAGCCUUGAGACCUAUCAAGGCGAUGAACAGGUGAUGAUCUCCUCUGUACUCCCGACACUUCUCAAUGAUUAGGUGGAGAGCGGAGAUGUGGUCAAUGGUAGAUCUGUUGGGUCUACUUUUGUCUGGAACCUCCCUUAGAGACUGAUCCGCCACACGGUAGCUCUCUCCCAGAUCUCAGGAACGCACAAUCUCCCUCGCCACGACAAUUUUCGACCCAUGGGCACGAGACAGCCAAGUUAAUUUCUUUGGUGGUGGAAUCCCCCUCACGCUUGUUGAAUGGUAAAAAAACAUUCUUCCAUAAGGUACGGUACAGGCUGGUCAUCUAACGUCACAUUACAACCACAUUCGUGUCGGCUCUCGUGCCAAUUAUGAAGCGGUCUUUGAGUGGAUGGCAGGAUUGCCUGCCCAUCAUUUCUUAGCGUCUCGGUUUGCAUUCAAAUGUGUAAGGGGAAUCAUCUCUCCUUUCAGGAACACACAUAUUUCCAACAGUCUCAAGCAAAUUUAAUCGGCACUAGAAACUCGAUGGGGUGGGGCGAGAGCUCCAUUCGCUAAUACGCGUGCUGUACUAUUUUGUACUUCGAAAAGAACUACAUUGUAGCUAGCUAUCUUUGCUCCGUGCACCAAGAGCUAUCCCUCCCUAGUGAGAGAAGAGAGACCGAGUCGACUGUUCAAAAUAAGCAGCACGACAUCUUCCAAAAUACAUUAACCCAAAACGAGGGCCAGGUUGUCUUCGACCUUCUCACAGUCACAGGGUGGAUUCCUUUUUCUUCGCAAUUUCUUCCUUCCAAUGGUCCAGUUUAAAAGGAAGAACAGAUGAACCUCCGCGUGCAUUCAGGGUUUUAUUGUUUUAUCUCUGUAUAGUACUUGUCAAUUUGAAAAGUUAACAUUUUCGGCUGACAUGUCUCGAAAAAUGCGCAUUUCGCCAGAAUACUUUUUCUGAUUUUCGUAAGAUUGGAGUGAAAUAACAAAUCCCCUGAAGGUUCAUCAGAAAAAAAUACAUGGCAAUAACCAUUGCCGAAAAUGUGCAGCGGCACAGUUGGCUAACACUUUGGCUCUAUUAAGGUGACAAUAAAUUUACGUAUAUCCCCCAGGAUGUUAUGUCUGUUUUUCUACACCUUCUUCCUCUCUCUUUCAUGCACUUAGACCGUGAUUAUAUUUUCAGCUAUGCUUGGUGCCUUUGUUCACUGUGAAGGUCUAUCAAGCUUGUAAGCUAUGUGCUUACUGAUUGACGUGCAGACGUGCACUUAGCCAGGCUUAUCCUCAAUCACUAAGCCGUCAAGGCUUCAUUAUUUUCAAUAUCAAGCUCUCUUUAUCAUGCAGUAACUUCACAAUCUUCAAUUUUCCUUUGUUUUUUCUAGACUUUGGAGGAUAUGCAGUGCGAGUUGACUUGAAUCGGAACACACAAAAGCUGUCGAUAAAUAACUGUUCCUUAGCAGGAUUGACGAAAACGGAGAAGGAAUAUUACUUGUUCACCGGUCUCCAUUUUGGAUACACUUAUUUUUUCGGGGUUUCGACAGUCUGCAAUUCGACGAACAAACGAAAAUCCAAAGAGGUUUUUAAGACAAAGAAUUCACCCGAUUGCUACUUGGAAACUGGCGACAAAGAGUUCUGCGAAGGAAAAAGCGUCGAAUACCCGGGGUACCCUUGGAUUUUCAGUUGGACUGUGCAGCGCCUUCAGUGUCGGAUAUGGGUCAGUACACAGUGGUGUUAUCCUGGAGUCCUUCGUCUCAAGUGAGUGACAACAUUUCACUCUACGAGUUACGCUACAACACUACUUCCACAGAAUUACCCCUGAAGGUUUUCCAUGAUCAGGACAAAUUAUUUUAUACGAAGGAACUGGAAGACGUCAAGAGCUCCUCAAAUUAUACAGCAAUGGUGAGAGCAUAUACGGACGAUGGGAAGGGCGGAGCGUGGGCUGUGCUGGACUUCGAUACGCACAGUGCGCAGUUUGCUAGUAAUUCAACCCGAUCAGAAGAGUUAUGUGCUAAAUUGAAACCAUCCCCGGAUGUAACCACCUUUGCAAGUGCAACAACGGGACAACAGACAGCGCCCUCGUAUGUGGCCGUAAUUGUUGUGUCGUUCAUGGCAACUUUCGCCGUUGUGGGCGCCCUGAUACUCCGUUUCAUCAAGAGAAGAAAGGCAGUGGCGGAGUCCAAAGAGGCGAUAUUUGUUCGAUACCCCGAGGAAGGGGGAUCUAGAAAGGGAACCCCUGCAGGCAUGAAGUCAUCAUUCGAUGAGCUGCGGGAACCAGACGUUGAUUUCCAGUCGAGAGAGAUCGACCGCUCCCUUUUGACCAUCAACGAGAAACUCGGCAGUGGUCAGUUCGGUAUCGUGUAUAGCGGAAUACUAAACUCUGCAGACAGUUCAUUAAAGAAGUACGCACCCCGACCGGUAGCCGUGAAGAGCCUCAAAAUGAACGCAACACGGGAGGCUAGAGAGGAUUUCCUGGACGAAAUCAAGCUGAUCAUUGACAUUGGUCACCAUCCCAACAUCCUUGCCAUACUCGGCUGCUGCACGGUGGAUGAGCCCUACUAUCUCAUCACUGAGUACAUGAAAUACGGAGACCUCCUUGGCUUUCUGUGGAAGUGUAGAGAUGAGAAAUUUCAAGCUGAGGACCCGAUUUUCUGCAUCACUGAGACUGGGCAACUGCAGAUAGCCCGCCAAAUUGCGCGUGGCAUGGAGUACUUGUCCAACACUCGGUACUACCACGGUGACCUGGCCGCUCGUAAUGUGUUGGUCGGCGAAGGUUUGGUGGUUAAAAUCUCGGACUUUGGCAUGGCGGACGAUCUUUAUCAACGGGGCUACAAGAGACUUGGGCAGGAGAAAAAGCGGCCUCUGAAGUGGGUCAGUCUGGAAACCAACACGAAGGGAACCUGCUCCAUCAAAAGUGACGUUUGGUCCUUCGGCAUAGUUCUGUACGAGAUCUACACUCUAGGGGGCGUCCCGUACCCCGGGCUGGACGGCUUUGAGGUCGUUCGCAAACUCGAGGACGGUUACCGAAUGGAGCAACCAGACAACUGCCCGGACGAACUGUACAUCGUCAUGCUGGAGUGCUGGCAUGAGAACCCGGACCUUCGUCCAACCUUCACCACGCUCUACAACAAGUUGGACCGGAUGCUGAGCGAGCUGAGCUCCGAAUACUUCAUGGAGUUGGAUGUGGACGACCACCUCUCGCCGAGCACAGAGAUUACGAACUACGGCUACGAGGGCACGCGGGGCGACGGUGGGCAGUAUGAGGCGCUGAAAGCGUUCGGCUGGAGCCCUGUCCCUCGGGUGACUGUCGAGUGCGUGGACGCCGUUCAACAGGAGAAUACCACAGACACAUCCAAAUGUUAAGAUCUCUCUUCAAUUCGUUCAACUCAGAGAAUGAACGUUUCAAUCUACCUCCACUAUUUUCCAGGUAUCAUUUUGAUGAAGCAUCUAGGAGACUAAGCAUACCAUUCCCCACCGAGGCAAACAUUUUCCAACAAAUCUUUUCCGUUGGAGAUACGGCUUAAUCAUCGGUUUCCGAAAAGGGCAUAAAUGUGUUAUCUACGGCUGUAGGUAUUUCCUCAGUGUGCUUCUCCGCCCCCGCCCCCCCCCCAAAAAAACCCGGAAGUCGUAGCCAUCUGCGAAAUUUGUAACAGGGGAACUGCCAUCAAAGUUAAGGCUUUCGUUCAUAGACCUGCGACUGACUUGUACUGGCUACGGUUUGCCAGCUGCAAAAGGACAUGCAGCUGGGGGAAGCGGCCACUCCACUUCAAAUAUUCACAUGCAGCGCCAACGGCAGUCGUAUCACGCUACCGCGAUUGGAGAAACUCUUGAUCCAGAUGAGCAAAGGGUAUUUUAUACGAUAGCAAGUUAGUGCUGUAUUUAUACUCGCACAGCGCGGUCCAUUAAGCUGUACACGGUUUGUGUUUGGGACUUUCCGAUGUGAUAGAUCUUUUCGUAUUUUCUUGAGUCCACACUGUAAUUACUGUACAUAUUUAUCAAAUUGUCAAUUUAUCUAAAUGUCAUAAUAUGCGGAAUAAACUGCAACCAUAUUUUCAAUAGUUUGUAAGUUAUUUUAAAGAUAAGUUCAGUAUGUAUUCUUCGCGCAAACUUUUAUUUUUUUCUACCAAAAUCAAACAAAUUAUAUUUUUUCUCGAAGUUCAGUUAUCUGUUCAGUCUUGCUUGCUGCAAUUUCACAGGAAUAUGUCAAUUGCAAUUUCUUUGCACAUAUAUUUUCAAGAACAAAAUUGCUGUUAAAUUACAUCAAUAUGUACGAUGGAAUGCCUUGUAGCUGUAACAAGUAAUUAUCUGAUUGAAGUCAAUGACUGAAAAAAGUAAGAUGGUGUCUUAUGAUUGCUUUAAUUGCCAUGAAUUACUAUCACUGGUCUCAGGAUUUGUAAUUCAAACCGUAUUCACUGUUAAAAACAUGGCAACGAUUGUCGAUAAAAAAGGAAAUUACGUUGGGCGACGAGUAUCAGAGUGCGUACACUCAAAGGAAUUUAAAUAACCUUUUCAUUCCGAAUUCAACAGCCUAUUAUACAUUACUUUAAUAAACGGUGCCUGGAUUUUGGUAUAAUAUUUGUAACCUUCUUCGAAUACCGUAAGCUUGAUGUUGCCCCAAUGAAAGUUUAAUAUGUGCAAAAAAACUUUCAAGUGCUGAAUUUAGUGUAUACAUAAAGCACAUAUUUGUGCACUGCAUCUUGUUUUGCUCAAUUAUUAUAGUUUAAUAUUCGAUCAAAGACAUCUUUCUCCAUUGAAACUUGUCCACUGGACUCCCUUGGACCUACUAAAAUUAAUUCUUAUGUACACACAAAGUACUGCACUUGAUCUAUUUUUGACUUAUUUCUGAAACUCACUUCUGACAGUGUGAGUCUGAACUGCUUUUUAGACUUGUUGCUGGCCGUCAUUUAAUCAUUACAAUGAUCCAGGAUCAAAGACAACAUUUUCUAUUGAUGUGUAUAUUCCAUUUUCUCAGACGGCGAACGGUUUUUUUUUUCAAACAGACCCUCAGACGGUCUACAAAAUAUUUUUUUUAAGUUAGGAACUCUCAUCAAAUGAUCGCUUGAUUGCUUUUGUUAAAUUGUUGAGGAAAACGUGUCUAGCAAAUGGUAAUUGUUGUUCCUAAGUCUGUUUGCACUGUUCCAAAUUUCUGCUCAUUAUAUCGCAAAGAUGACAGCGCCAUGAUGCAUUGGAAAAUGUUGGGCGCCGAGCUUUCGACGAUGUCAAAAUGCUUGUUUUGCCAUUCAAAAUUACCCGUGACUUCUUUUUAAAGACUGUGUAUAUAAAACUGUUCUUCUUACAAGCCUAUCGCGUGGUGUGCUAUGCAUCAAUGGAAGACAAGCAAUUCCAAAGGGAUGAACAAAAGUGACUCCUAUAGCUAUUUGUAGCUAUAUUGUAUGUAACGGUUUAUCUUUAUUCAAAAGGAUUUGGAAGACAGGGAAAGAGGGUUUGGGCGGACGACCGACACACUGAUGCAUUAUGACCAAGUAGUACCAUGCCCCGAUGAAUUCAAAGAUUUUCUUGAUUGAGGAUUGAGCUGACCUUUUAAGACGAGAGACAUGUCUAGGAAAACUUUUUUGCGCAUUAUUAUUCAUGUGUAAUGGAGAAUGUAAAUAAUUUAAAGAGAUCAAAAACAAAUGUGGACACAUUAUAUAUCAUAAUGGACCUUAUUCCUGGGGAAGCCACGUUCAUUGAAUCUUUUUUUCAAUAGUUAACUAUGACAUGAGAUGGUAUCGGACUAUUCCAGAAUUCAUUUGGUUUCCAAACCUCUCAAUAGUUUCUCCCGAUUGGGUGUAAAACACUGAAGUAGUAUUAUCACAAAUAUGAAAAUAUUCAUCAGAGAAGACACAACUUUAACCGGAAAUUUAACUUCAUUCUUUCAUUGAUGCUUUCAAGUUAAAACUGAAGAGUGAACCUCACAUUCAAUUUCAAUAUGGCCGAAUCAAGAAUAAGGUCCAUUGGUCUGUGCUAUCGUACACUGGCUGAGUACGGACACAUAACUUCUUGUACACUCUGGUACUUGUAGUUAGUAUUCCUGUAGGCGGUUAACUUCACGAGUUUCACUGUUCACCUGAAGCGAUGGUAGAGUUGAUCGUUGUAAUAAACGGUAAUGAAAUAAUUCAUUGGA